AUGGUGCAUAAGACUUUGAUGAACAACUACUUCAACUUCAACUCGGUGUACACAGAAGAAGAUUUCAAAUGUCACUUCCGGAUGAGGCAUCAUGUCUUCGAGCAUUUACUUUAUGAUGUCCAACAUGUUAAUCCAUACUUUCGACAGAAGAUGGACAGAGCAAGCCGCCCUGGUUUAUCACCUCAUCAAAAGGUUACUAUUGCACUCCGAAUGUUGGCCUAUGCCUCCCCAGCUAAUGCGAUAGAUGAUACAUAUUUUGUUCAGAUUUACAAAGAAGAGUACCCCCGUGAACCAAAUCAAGCAGAUAUGGCUCAGCUACUUCGCAAAGCUGAAGACCGUGGCUUUCUGGGCAUGAUAGGGUUAUUAGAUUGCUUGCAUUGGCAGUGGAAGAACUGUCCCACCGGAUGGUAA